CCAACUACCUAACAAGUUCUGAUUACCGCGGAGUCCUGGUGGAUAACAUGGAGGAGCUCCUUUGCCAUAUCGAGCUCAUCGCUGGUAUCGCGUCGAAAGGGCUCGCAAAGCCGCGACUGGCACUUCUAGACCUCCAGCAUAGAAUGAACGCAGCCUACGCAGAGAGCCGCCAGAGCGCCAACGUAGGUACAGCUGGGACAUUCUUUGAAACGUGGCAAGACGGCGAUGCAGAGAGUGUUCCCGUACAAGCCAGGAUCUUUGUGGACUUCCACCGGGACGUAGUACUUACUGUGGCAACGCGCGAUGAAUUCGAAUAUGUUCAGCUCCGCGGUAAUGUUGGCUUGAGCCAUCAGGGCUACAGAAGAUGCCAAGAUCACGUCAGACUUGAGGACAGCUCGCCGACGUUCUUUCGGCUUGUCCACUUAGUGAUGAUGGCAUUGUGGCCGGACGCCGGAUGGCACCUAAGCCAGGUCAUCUUGUUCACCAUAACAAAAGUUAGCCAAGCUGAAAUUGGUGAGACGAUCGGAUCACUAAUGUGCGGUGGAUACGGCGGAGUCGGCGGAAUGAACUUUGCGCAGCCCGCCAUUAACCUUGGUGGCAUCGACACCAUGACCUAUCAUGACUGGAGUGAAGCCAACGGACGCGCAGUAACUUCCGAAUGGUUGAGGAGGGUGCAGCCGAAUCUCGAAAGCGAAAUGCAGCGACGCCAAAGCGACAUUGACGAGAUGAGUCGGCAGAUUAGAGCCUUCGAACGUGCCGAGAAACUGGCCGAGCUAGGUGCGGUAUAUAGCGAACACAUUGAGCUCCUAGCGGAGAGCGACAAGGAACUGCGGGCCGCGACAGCGAAACUUGAUGUCGGGCUGGCCGAGUCUCAACGUACCUUGGAGGCCGCAGAGCGAAGGGCAGCUCAGGAGAAGGAGGCAAGAGAAGUGAUAGACCGUGUAAACAGAUGGGCGGCCGCAAUGGAUCCUUUGCCGCCGGUACCAGAGGACGCAUCACCCGAAGUCCGCGCUGCCAUGGCUGCCGCGCUAGAUUUCGACAGCGACUUCGAGAAGCUUGGGCGGCCAGACGGUGGUUCAUAGCUGGCGAUAUGCAGCCCGCCCAACGACAACAGCUGUCGAAGAUGGCUGUCUUGUCGGCAUGAUGAGCGCUCUUCUUUGAAGUGGUAGA